CUCUUAUUUCUGGCAGCAGCUUCAGCCUGCAGAACACAAGGUAACUCAUACAGCUGAGAUUAGAAGGACGGUUGAUACUUCAGCAGCAAAAGACGUGAACAAUGCCUUCUGAUGAUCACUGGUCUGCAGUGGAAGAGGACACUCAAGCAUCAAAAUUGGCCAGAAAAUCCAGGGAAACGCCCUUUGUGCCCAUCGGGGUGGCAGGCUUCAUUGCUGUUGUGGGGUACGGUAUCUACAAGCUCAGACACAGAGGAGACCAGAAAAUGUCUGUCCAUCUCAUUCACAUGAGAGUUGCAGCACAAGGGUUUGUCGUUGGAGCAAUAACAUUAGGUGUUAUCUACUCUAUGUACAAGGAUUUUGUUAAGUCUCCACUCAAGACUGGGACCAAAAAGUGAGCCAGCUCCGUGGGAAGAGGCAGGAAGGGGACGCACGCGUUCUGCACUUACUGUUUAGAAUUUCUCUGUAAGCGUUAUUGUCCAGAAGCUCAUUUUGAAGGCAACCAGGAAUUCUGUUGGCUGCGUCAUUGGAGAAGCUGCUGUCCCCCAAAGCACAUCAGAAAUUAUAUCCAAAUUUGUUAGGAGCCUCUACGCAUGAGACCCCUGUGUUACAGAAACAGCACUGCAGGUCCGCACUUGCCUAUUUAUGCUAUUAUUUAUAUAAAGUAGCCUAUUUGGCUAAAAUAAAAUACUCUUGAAAGUUUCA